AUGAGAGGAUCUGUAGAGUCAGCAUAUCAACGAUGGAGGAGCAAGUACCUGCGAGCGUACGGUGAUGGCUAUUAUGUAUAUUAUAAAGAACCCAGUGAGAACCUCCCAGAGAUGACAUGCUCUGAAGCCCAUGGCUACGGCAUGUUAAUUUCAGUUCUUCACCGAAACCAGCAAGAUUUUGAUGGACUAUAUCGAUACUUUUUACAAUGGAGAAAUCAAAAAGGACUUAUGCAAUGGCAACAAAAAUCGACUUCUGGCGGUCAAUUUGUACCUGGUGACGAAGGAGGACAAAAUUGCGCUACUGACGGCGAUGUAGAUAUUGCCACUGCUCUGUUUGUGGCGGCCAAAAUCUGGGGAAGAGGCGGUGCUCAAGGAGAAUACGAUUAUAGAAUGGCUGCAACUCAACUUACUGCAGCUAUUUGGCAACAUUGUUUUAAUCACAAUACAUAUAUGCCUUUAGUAGGCGAUUGGGCAGAUCCAGGCGAUGAGGCGUAUGCAUUAACUAGACCUAGUGAUUUUAUCUUGAGUGGAUAUCUGAUGUUUUACUAUGAAGAUAGAGAACGACAAGAGAUAUGGGGCAAAGUUAUCAAUGCUAUUGUCAAUACAUGCCAAGCACAAUUAUCUUACAAUCCACAAACAGGACUCAUUGCGGAUUUCCUAUCGUUAGAUCAGAGAUCAAAUACAUAUGUACCAGUUCAUAAAGAAGUAUUAGAGAGCAAACAUGAUGGCGACUAUAAUUGGAAUUCAUGUCGUGUACCAUGGAGAUUGGGCCAUUAUUAUAUGUUGACAAGGGAUGAAAGGAUUCGACCUAUUCUAGAAACACAGGCUCAAUUUUUCGCAAGUCAGUUAGCGAGAGGUUGUGGAGAUGGGGAUUGUCCAAUUCGAGCAGGCUAUAAAUUGAACGGCGCAUGUAUAGCUGAUUACAGUGACAUGGCUUUUACAGCGCCUGUCAGUUUCUUAUUUUGGGUGCUCAAUUGGCCACAACAACUAGAUGAAGUUUUGAAGUAUAUUGAUGAAGACCAUCAAUGCACUUAUUUUGGGGAGUCAAUUGCAUUACUCGGGUUCUUGCAAGCACAUGUUCCCUAUUAG